UCACCAUAUCAUACAUCCCUUUAUAUAUAUAUAUACAGCUUCAUCUUUCUCUUACAUAAUCGCUCCGCUUUCUUACGUUUCUUCCCUAGCAACAACACUUCGGUCUCCUCAACUUGCCAGAUUCAUUGAUGGACUCUAAAAGAACUUGUUUCUUGGGAGAGGGCUGUGGCUUGGCUUUCUUAGCAGACAUGGAAACUGGUUCUUCUGGUCAGAACCACUAUCAUUACCAACAGGGAUUUGUGUCCAAAUCUAUGGGUUAUGCUAUUGUUAAUAGGUCUAGUUUCAGAAGCCUACCUGGUUCGUCGCCGAGAUCUGGGAGAUUCUAUGAUUCUAGAUAUGAAGAUCACCACUCACACUUCCUCGAAGCUUGUCAUCUCUGCAAAAAGCCGCUUCAUAAUAGGGACAUCUUCAUGUACAGAGGAGAUACUCCUUUUUGCAGCGAAGAGUGCAGGCAAGAACAAAUAGACAUGGACGAAGCUCAGGAGAAGAACAGGAACCUGUCUUCUUCGAUGAAGGCUAUGAGGAACAAAGAACAGAGAGAAUCUACCUCCCCAAACAAGACUAAGGAUUACUCGUGUGUUAGAGGAACUGUCGCUGCUGCUUCUUAGUUGAACAGAAAUAUGCUAAGGGUGCAGAGCCAGAACAGACGAACUGCUCACUGCAGCUAUAUUUUCCUGAAAGGGGAAGAAAGCCUGAAUGUAAAAAAGGGGACAAUAAGGACAGAAAACAGAAGGAAGAACAAGAAAGAUAAAAAAAAUACAGAAGGAAGAAAAACAGGACUUAAAAUAAGCUUUGAAUUAACUUUCGAUGAAGAAGGGUCAUAGUGAUGGAGAGGAAAGGCCAUCCAUUUAGAUUGCGGAGAAGUUUUGUUAAUGCUGCUGUCCAUGGUGUACACAUGUUGAGAGGUGUGGUGUGUUGUUUUUUGGGAGAUGCUCUCUCCAAAAUGGCUCUUUAUUUUUUUUUUCCCCCCAGUUUUGUCUGGUCUUUCUCCUAAGGUUUUGUCUCUAGGUUCCUGGUUAUGGUUUUGCUGAGUAUGGUCUUGGAAAUCUUGGAUAAGAAACCCAGAACAAAGGAAAGCAAAGUUCUUUCA